AAAUAUAUAUAAAAAAAAUAAAUAAACUAUAUAAAAAGGCUAAAAAUCUUGUGUAAAUCAAAAAGUGCUCACACAGAUUUAGAUAAGUGAUAAGAAAAAUUAAAAGAAAGAAAAACAAGCCAAACCAAAUAGACUCCAGUGCCCCUGCAGUAACUCUCUGUGCAGGUGCCAAAGACAGUUGAAUAAGUGCAAAGUGCAAUUCAAUAAAAAUUUAAAUAAUAUUUACUACAUACACAAUGGAUAUGGAUACGUUGCUGCUGCCGUCGCCGCCUGCAACGCCCCCGCUUCGGGAUAACAAAGUGGAAAACGCCGCCAAGGACAAACAACAGGUCAAUGAGAAUCUGCUGAAGGCCAAGCUAAAACUGGUCGCCAAUCAGAAGAGUCAAAAAACUGGCGCCGGCAUCAUAACACCCAAUCCCUCGGACACGGAGGACGAUGCCGCCGAUGUGCUGCCAUGCAAAAAGGCGCGCCUGGAACAGCCGGCGGUUACAUUAACGCCUCCACCCGAUAAGCAGCAGCAGCUGAAGCAUGAGCACGAACACGAACAGGAGGCGGAGGAUGCACUGGCGCAACGCGUCAGCGUCAUUAUGCGCGUCAAUAGCCUGGGCACGGUCAGCUCCUCAACCAAUGAGGAGAACAGCUCCAGCUCCAGCUCCAGUUGCUCCAAUACUGGCGCACUCGGCACACCCAUUGCCGAUGACUAUCCGGAGGAGAAUGUGUGGCGCAAUCUCAAAUACAAAAUGAAUCGCAAACGUGCCGCCGAGGUGGCACUACCCACGGCAACAACAAAACCAACUGCCGUGGAACCAUGCAGCACACCAUCGUCAGCAACGGACCAGCAAAACAACACAUCCUGUCCAGCGUCCGCGACGAGCGUCUAUAUAGCUGCAGCACCUGCUGCAAACUCACAGUUGCUGCUGCUGAGCAACGUUGCCGUUGCUGUCGCCGCUGCCGCCGCCGCCGCCGGUGCACAGCCACAAUUACCAAGCCAGCUUCCAACUUCAUCCGCAUCUCCAGCCUUGUCCUCGAUGGGAGGCAAACGCAUUACCGCCGCCCAGGCGGCGGCCACACGCAGCCGCAUCUACGAGUGCAGCUUUCCUGAUUGCGGCAAAAACUACUUCAAGAGCAGCCACCUGAAGGCACAUCAGCGCGUCCAUACUGGGGAGCGUCCGUUCAUAUGCAAAUGGGAGAACUGUGACAAGCGCUUCUCCCGCUCCGAUGAGCUCUCGCGGCACAAGCGCACGCACACCGGCGAAAAGAAGUUCCAGUGCGGCGUCUGCUCAAAGAAGUUCAUGCGCAGCGAUCAUCUGUCCAAGCACGUGAAGCGCCACAACAAGGACAAGGCGAACGGAGUCAAUCGCAAUGUCAGCUUUGCCACGGCGGCCGCCGAAGCAGCUGCCGCUGCCACUGCUGCUGCUGCUGCGGCGACGACAACGACGGCGACUGCGCUGUGCGAGCCAACGCUACAGCUGCGCGCAAUAGCACCAGCUGCUGUCGCUGCCGUCUCCGCCUCGAGUCCACAAUCACAACGCAUGUCCGCCUCGUCGAGCCAAUCCUCCAGCAGUCUACACAUCUACAGUGCGCCGGAUUUGCUGCGCCUGCAACAGCAUCGAUCGUCCCCGUUUGUGGCAACAGCGGCGUCGGCGGUUCAAGCCCGAUAAAUAGACGGACCACAAUCUCAUCUC